UCUCCCGCCGCCAUUAUAUACGACCAGUUCAGCCUCCGCACUUCUCGAACACCCACUUCUCUACUUCUUGCCGUCGUCGGUCUUCCCUGCUCCCGCAAGCUAGCAGGAAUCACCACAAUGCGUUUUGCAGUUGGAGCUACCGUGCUUGCCGCCGCCUUUGUGCGCGCCGAGGAUGCGUCGAGCUCUGAAGCUGAGGCUUCGACCGCUACCUCUGCUGUAGCCAAGUCUACCUUCACUCCCACCAGCGUCAAGGCUCCGUUCUUUGAACAGUUCACGGACGACUGGGACUCGCGAUGGAAGGUUUCGCACGCAAAGAAGGACGACAAGUCCACCGAGGAAGAAUGGGCGUACGUCGGCACCUGGUCUGUUGAGGAGCCCUCUGUGCUUAAGGGCAUUGAAGGCGACAAGGGUCUGGUUCUCAAGGACAAGGCUGCCCACCACGCCAUCUCCGCGAAAUUCCCCAAGAAGAUCGACAACAAGAAGAACACUCUCGUUGUCCAGUAUGAGGUCAAGCUUCAGGAUGGUCUUGAGUGCGGUGGAGCCUACAUGAAGCUCCUCCAGGAUAACAAGGCUCUCCACGCUGAGGAGUUCUCGAACAGCUCGCCCUACGUUAUCAUGUUCGGUCCCGACAAGUGCGGUGCCACCAACAAGGUUCACUUCAUCUUCCGCCACAAGAACCCCAAGACUGGCGAGUACGAGGAGAAGCACCUCAAGAACCCCCCGAUGGCCCGCAUCGUGAAGACUACCUCCCUCUACACUCUUAUCGUCAAACCCGACAACAGCUUCGAGAUCAAGAUCGACGGCGAGUCCAUCCGAAACGGUACUCUUCUUGAGGAUUUCAGCCCCUCCGUCAACCCUGAGAAGGAGAUUGACGACCCCAACGACAAGAAGCCCGAAGACUGGGUUGACGAGGCCCGUAUCGCGGAUCCUGAGGCUACCAAGCCCGAGGACUGGGAUGAGGAGGCGCCAUUCGAAAUCGUUGACGAGGAGGCUACCAAGCCGGAGGACUGGCUUGAGGAUGAGCCCACCACUAUCCCCGACCCUGAGGCCGAGAAGCCCGAGGACUGGGAUGACGAGGAGGACGGUGACUGGAUCGCCCCCACUGUUCCCAACCCCAAGUGUGACGAGGUCUCUGGCUGCGGCAAGUGGGAGCCCCCGAUGAAGAAGAACCCCGACUACAAGGGCAAGUGGACUGCGCCGUACAUUGACAACCCGGCCUACAAGGGCGUCUGGGCUCCUCGGAAGAUCAAGAACCCCGACUACUUCGAGGACAAAACUCCGUCCAACUUCGAGCCCAUUGGUGCCAUCGGUUUCGAGAUCUGGACCAUGCAGAACGACAUUCUCUUCGACAACAUUUACAUUGGCCACUCCAUUGAGGAUGCCAAGAAGAUCCAGGAGGAGACCUUCGACGUCAAGAUCGCCGCUGAGAAGGCCGAGGAGGCCGCCAACAAGCCCAAGGUUGAGGACACCCCUAAGUCGCCUUCCGAUCUCGUCUUCAAGGAUGACCCCGUCCUCUACAUCAAGGAGAAGGUCAACCUCUUUAUCGAGAUCUUCCAGCGUGACCCCGUCGAGGCCGUCAAGUUUGUUCCUGAGGUUGCCGGUGGUCUUGGUGUUAUCGUCGUCACCGUUCUUGCUAUUCUUGUUUCCGCUCUCUUCGGCAGCGGCGCUGCUCCCUCCAAGGAGCAGGUUAAGGCCCAGGCUGAGAAGGCCAAGAAGGCCGCUGUUGACGCAAAGGACAAAGUUGCUGAGGCGGCCGCUACUGGCGCCGAGAAGGCUCAGGCUGAGGUGAACAAGCGCACCACCCGCUCCACCGCUUCGUAAGCGCAGAGUUGCAUGACGGUGACGGCAUGAAUACAGCUGGCUAGCUAUGACAAUGCAGGAAGACACGGGGCAAAGGAGAGAUAGAGAAAGUCAAUGGAUGGUCUCUGGCCAUUACUAAAAGGGCGAUGUUCAAAGUUUUGGAGGGGCAAUGGCUCCCCACAUGGUUCCAUAUUUCUUGGAUUUUCACUUCGUUCAUAUUGCUCUGGGUGACACGGCGCUACGAGUGUAUUAUACGGUACUACAGCCUUGGGCUCGAGAAUGAAAUGAUGAAACCAAAUUCAGUGGACUUCUUUGCAGUGGAGGUAGCGGUUAGGCGCGAAUCUUAUUGCGGUCUUGAAUUGAGAUCGAGUGCAAUGAUGAGUUACGCGGUGCUGGAUUCGAUGCGAUUGUGGGAGA